UGAACGCAGUCGCCCAAGACUGAACUUUACGAAAGCCACCAUGAGUGCCAAAUACCCAUAUCAUCCUCCAUUUAAAAAAUUUAUAAUCUCAACACCAUAUUUAUCAAGAAAUACUACUUCAGCAUAUCAGCAAACACAGUGCCACAUUCUCCCCCGCAUUCCUGUCCCGAUGAGGGCCAAAAAGCAGAGACAGCCUUUACAAAGAGCGACUGUGAUCAAAACGGCCCAAGUUAAGCCAAAAGAUUCACUUGGGUCCUUGGAUAGAGGCGUCCUUAUCAAAAUACAGAAAUGCCUAAGUCGAGCUCGCCAUAAGAGUACCACCGAGUCAGAAGCCAAAGCCGCCCUUUUCGUUGCCCAGAAGCUGAUGGCCCCAUAUAAUGUCUCCCAAGCGGAUCUAGUGACCAACAGUGAUUAUGGAAGCAAAGCUCAAUAUGGAGGAGUGAGCAAGGUGGAAAUAAUCAACGUUAAGAACCGUACCAGACGUGUGAUUAAGAAGGCAUUUGUGCACAAGUCGGCAAAGGCUAUGUGUACGUUCUUUGAUUGCCAAUGUUUUUCGACGGACUACGAAACAUCCAUUGCUUGGUCAUUUUUUGGUAUAGCGGAAAACACGGUCACAGCGGCAAUAGCGUUCGAAAUGGCGCACAAUAAGAUCCUGGACUGGGCAUGCUCCUAUAAGGGCGGUUCGGCCACGUUCAGCUACCGCGUCGGAGUCGCUGAUGGGCUCGUCUCCAUGGCCAACUGUGAGAAGAAAAUCGAACUCGAGGCGGCAAGAAAGAAAGAGUUAGAUAUAAUAGCCGCCAAGGAACGGAAAGCGGGUAUGGAACGCGAGCGCAAACUUCAGAGGCUCCAUAAAGGACCUUCACUGGCGUUAGACAUUGGUGAAUCAGAUGGCCAGUCAGAGGACGAAAUGCCUGGCUUCUUGGACAUAGACAGCAUGUCCGACGAGUCUUACGGCUCUCCAGAGUCGAUAGACAAUCUCAAUCUUAAUACUAGAGGAGCACUGGCCGACUUUAAUGAGAAUGAUGAGAAUGUGGUCGAUCUCACGCGCAGCGUGGAAGUCAACGUUGACAAAAUUAUCAAGCGGGAGUCGCGCGAAACCCAUGAUUUUAACAGCAUCCCUUCCCUUUCGGUGAAGCAGAACCCUUCAGAUAACGAUUCCUCGUCUGUUAAAAGCGAGGAUAUGUCGAACUCGCCGUGGAUGUCCGAAACGCAGCUAGUACGUUUUCGCGCCACAUCGGUGCAGGUUGCAGACGAAUACCUCAAUAUCAAGCUGCGUAUGGGAAAGACACGCACAGUGGUCACCCGCAAUUACUCUGCUUAUCGAGAAGGGUGGAAAGAUAGUGAAAAGAUUGAUUUCCGUCCGCGCAGGUUGGAAUAAUCGUACAUAUUGAGCCCUCUGAUCUGUGCCUUACCCAGCCAGAGUUCCAGCUCGUUAAAUUCUCCUGUCCAGACUCUGGUGAGUUCCCUUUGCCAUCAUACUCGGAUGUGUCAGUAUGCGGCCGUUCCAUACAGAAUAAACAACAAUAGAAUAUGCAAUGGUUGGUAC